CACCCCCCGCAGCAGCAGCAGCAGCAGCAGCAGCAGCAGCAGCAGCAGCGGGAGUUGCGUGUGGACGCAGGCCCUUGGACUUCUCGGCGAUAAACCUGGCGCAGAACGCAACGAACUUGUACUGGAACUUGAGCCGCUUCGACAAGGGGGGCUGCGUGGAAGCAGCACUUCAAGCUUUGUGUCCGUCUUGCGUGUCUGCGUUGAAGCGGCGGCGGCAGUGCAGCAGCAGCAGCAGCAGCAGCAGCAGCAGCAGCAGCGGCGGCGAGCGCGCGGGGAAGCGCGCGCGCGCCGCGCAGCAGCUGCAGCUGCGCAGGCAGCACGAGGCCAACCGCUUCUUCGAGUUCAUGCAGGCGGAGUUUUUGAGAAGAAGUGAAAAACUGAAAAAGAGAAAAGAACAAUUAAAAGAAGUUUUGAAACAAAACAAAAAAACCCGCAUGCAAGGAGUUCCUGACGGCGACGGCGACGCCCUCGUCGACGCCUUCAUCGACCGCGAAACGGGACUCUUCAAGCGGGCCUUUUCGCUGGUCUCGGGCCCUCAGCGGCGUUUGCUAUACAUUUAUUGUCUUCGCCAAAACCACCACGCGAAUGUGCGUCUGGCGAAGGUCCCGGGCAAGGGGCGUGCAGUGUUCGCUGCAGAUCUCAUCUCCAAAGACGACUUUGUUUUGGAAUAUAAAGGAGAACUUUGUUCUGAAAGAGAAGCCAGAGAAAGAGACAUUCGCUACGACAGGUCUCGCUGUUCCAAGGGGAGCUUUAUGUUUUAUUUUAAAUAUAAAGAUAGACAAAUGAGCAUCGACGCCACAGAUGAGAGACUGGAGUUCGGCCCCGCCCGCCUCAUCAACCACUCCAGGAAAAACCCUAAUCUCAAGCCCAAGGCGGAGGCUCUCGACGGAGACUCCAACGACUUGCGGCUUUUCUUCGUGGCUCUCAGAGACAUCCACGAGGGUGAGGAGCUGCUGGUGGACUACGGCGAAAGAGACCCAGAGGCCCUAAAGCAGAAUCCGUGGCUCAACGAGUAG